AUGACAGAUUCGGACGAGCUGCGGGAUGCCCUGAAGGCUGACCAGGGCCCCUCACAGGACAUCCCAAAGCCGUGGGUGUUUCCAGCCCCCAAAGGGAUCCUGCAGCACAUCUUUGGGACCAGCCAGGUGUUCCAAAGCAUCUGUGAUGUAAAACCAAAGGUCACGGGGUUAACAGUGCCCCUCAAAGUCAGGGAGUACUACUCCAGAGGCCAGCAGUGCUUGGAGCAGGCAGACUGGGAGACAGCUGUGCUGUUCUUCUCCCGCGCACUCCACCUGGACCCACAGCUGGUGGACUUCUAUGCCUUGCGGGCCGAGGCCUACCUCCAGCUCUGUGACUUCUCCUCGGCUGCCCAGAACCUGCGAAGGGCCUACUCCUUACAGCAGGACAACUGCAAGCACCUGGAGCGCCUCACCUUUGCGCUUUACCUACAGGGACAAUGCCUUUUUGAGCAGUGUGCCUUCCUGGAUGCCCUGAAUGUCUUCUCACAUGCUGCUGAGCUCCAGCCUGAGAAACCAUGCUUCCGUUACCGAUGCAUGGCCUGUCUCCUGGCCCUCAAGCGGCAUCAGGCCUGCCUCUCGCUCAUCACCAAGGAGCUGAAGCAGGACACCACCAACGCCGAUGUCUACAUCCUCCGGGCCAGACUCUACAACUUUCUCCAGAAGCCCCACCUCUGCUACCGCGAUCUGCACGGCGCCUUGCUGUUGAAUCCCAAGCACCCGCAGGCCAGGAUGCUGCUCCAGAAGAUGGUGGCCCAGGCCCAGCAGGCGCGCCAAGACGCGGGGUUCCUGGCUGUGCAGGGCAAGCUGCAGCACGCACUGCAGCGGAUCAACUAUGCCAUUGAGAACAACCCUCUGGACCCCAGUCUCUUCCUCUUCCGGGGCACCAUGUACCGACGGCUCCAGGAGUUUGAUGGGGCAGUGGAGGACUUCCUGAAGGUGCUGGACAUGGUGACCGAGGACCAGGAGGACAUGGUGCGGCAGGCGCAGCGCCAGCUGUUGCUGACCUACAACGACUUUGCUGUGCACUGCUACAGGCAGGGCGCCUACCAGGAGGGCGUGCUGCUGCUGAAUAAGGCCCUCCGGGAUGAGCAGCAGGAGAAAGGACUCUACAUCAACCGAGGUGAUUGCUUCUUCCAGCUGGGCAACCUGGCCUUUGCCGAGGCAGACUACCAGCAGGCGCUGGCGCUGAGCCCGCAGGACGAGGGCGCCAACACGCGCAUGGGCCUGCUGCAGGAGAAGAUGGGCUUCUGCGAGCAGAGGCGCAGGCAGUUCCAGAAGGCAGAGGACCACUUCUCCACGGCCAUCCGGCACAACCCCCAGAAGGCCCAGUACUACCUGUACCGGGCCAAGAGCCGGCAGCUGCUGCAGAACAUUUUUGGGGCCCGCCAGGAUGUGGCCACUGUCCUGCUCCUCAACCCCAAGCAACCAAAGCUGUCCCUGCUGAUGACCAACCUCUUCCCGGGCAUGUCGGUGGAGGAGGUGCUUAGCACCCAGAUAGCCCACCUGGCCAGGCUGCAGCUGGAGAGGAUGGUGAAGGGCAGCCUACGGGCCGGCAGCCCACAAGGCGUUGUGGGGAUGCUUAAGCAGCAGGAGUUGGAGUGCCAGAAGGCCUUGGCCCUGCAGCGCUCAUGGAAGCAGGGGGAGCCUUUGAUUGCGACCUCUGAGGAGCUGAAGGCCACCCCUGAGAUUCUGCAGGUAGAAUUGGGAAGCUCAGAGGGAGAGGCUGAGGCCCCCGAGGAGGAGGAAGAAAAGGAGAAGGAGAAAAAAGAGGAGAAAAAACCAGAGCUCACACCUAGCAAGGUGAUGUCCCUGUCUGACAGCUACCUUGACCAGACCUCCUCAGCCUCCAGCAUGAGCUUCAGGACCACAUGCACCUCAGAGACUGAGACGUCGGCUAUCUGCCAGGAAUACAGGAGCACCUCAGCCACCGCCGUGACAUUCUCUGACUCGUCACUGCUGAAGACGCAAUCCUCAGACUCUGGGAACAACAGGGAGGCACUGAGCCAUGGUCCCAGAAAAAUCAAGGCCACCCAGGGCCAGAGGCAGAGCCUUAGCAAGACCGAGGCCACCCAGAGCCAGAGGCGGAACUCCAGCAAGACCAAAGCCACCCAGAGCCAGAGGCGGAACUCCAGCAAGACCAAAGCCACCCAGAGCCAGAGGCGGAACUCCAGCAAGACCAAGACCACCCGGAGCCCAAGGCAGAGGCCCAGAAAGGUCAAGGCUGCUUGUGGCCGGAGCUGGAGACCCAGCAAGGUUGAUGCCACCCAGGGCCAAAGCAGGGGACUGCUCCAAAGUUCCACCAAGACUGAGGCUUUCUAUGACUCAAACUGGAGCCUCAGCAAGACUAAGGAUGCCCAAGGCCAGGGCCAGAGGCCCAGCAAGGCUGAGGCUGCCCAGGGCAAGAGCCAGGGCAUGAGCUCAACUUCCAGCAAGGCCAAGUCCACCUGGGGACCCAGUCCAAGUCUCAGCAAAACUGAGGUUGAGCAGGACCUCACCUAUUAUGAAGCUGUCUGAAGGGACCAUCCAGCCCCUCACCUCUUGCUGGGGAGGGGAGCAGUUCUACCCACCCCCCACACUGGCACUCAGCCAGCUGCCUCCUUCCAGAGCAAUUAAAAGUUUUAGCAACAGUC